AUGGAUGGUUCAAACACAGAAGGUGAUGGACUGAAGUGGUUCGGCGAGGGUUUUGAUGGCUUUCCGAAGCGUCUUCCGGAAGAAUGUGUCGAGUACGCAAUAUAUGUUAUCGACUCCAAGCUCAAGGACAUUGCCGCCACACGCAUGAGGCUCAAUCAGAUACUCAAGGUCGCCAACGAGCUAUGCAAGAAGCACACUAAAGAUUACAUCUGGCAGCGAGACUCACUCGAGCUCAAGCUGAAACCGGACCUGCUGGACCAAGACGCGUCCCAAGCAUCUAAAGCACAUCCCCAGCCACUCCAUCUGAAAGGACGGACGAACUUUGGAGACUCUGUCGCAGACGAGUGGCUUGUCGUAUACAUCUUACUGGAGCUGAGCAAAUUGUGCUCUGAUGUCUGGAUCCGCGUAUACGAUACAGACGGCGAAUUCCUGCUCAUCGAAGCAGCCAAUGCCCUGCCCAAAUGGCUCAAUCCCGACAUAGCCGAGAAUAGAGUAUGGAUCAACAACGGCCAUUUGCGACUCAUACCAAUCGAUGCUGGAGCAGGGGAACGCAAUUUGGCUCUCAUGCCUUCCCUGAAAUUCAUCGAGAGUUCCGCAGACAAGCUUGUAAUCUCACCGUUCGUCGAGGACGAAGCCUUCCAUCGCUUGCGAGACUAUCCCGCUGCCAUCUUAUCCUCUCUACACAACGCGUUGGUCAGGAUACCCCGGCGAGUGGCGUAUCUGCUCCACCGGAACCCAGCACAUAUCUCGCCAGCAAUCGAGGCAUUUUACCUGCGGGAUCCUGUAGGCCUUAGGCCGUUAGCCACAAAGGACAUAUCUAAUCUAACAUUCCCGCCAGAAGAUUUCGUCACAGUAAGCGUCAAGUUUACGAAAGUCGGCUAUGCACAAUUGCGCAGUCAGCUGUUCGACACGCCACCUGCCUGGACUGGUGUGAUACCACGAUUGGGAGACAUGAAAGUUGAGCUUGGUAUGAAAAUUACUUGUGGGUUUGAGAUGCUACUGAACGAUAGACAACGCCAGAAUGAUCGGAUGGUGAGGGAGGUGAAAGUGUUCAUGGAUGACUUGGAAGAUGAUGGCGAAGCGCUUCCGAGCCAUGACGAGAUCGGGGGGUGGCCUCAGCAGCAGGAUGACGAGAAGUGGCUGGACAUCGAUUACAACGACUUUGAGGACGAGUUGGCCGGCAAGAAUGCGAGCAAGCGAACUGGCAAAGGCCAGGGUUUCGGUGACAAAGGCGCACAGGAGAACCUACGCAAGAUGGUCUCGCGAUUUGAGGACUUCCUGAAUGAUGAUGACGCCGGCGCAGAAGGCGUGGAUGACAACGGUGCAGACGAUGACGAUACAGACUCCGACAGCUCAGCAUCAGACUCAGGCGAAGACAAAGAUGGCAGUUUCGACGAAGCAGAAUUCGAGCGAGCAAUGAAGGAGAUGAUGGGAAUGCCAGCUGAUGAAAUUGAGAAGAAUGGUUUGCUGGAGGAAGCAAGGCGAUUGGCUCUGGAGGAUGAGAAGGCAGGCGAGGAGCCGGAUGAAGAUGAGGAGAUGAAAAAGGUAAUGGAGAUGAUGGAGAAGGAGUUGAAAGGGCAUGGGGCUUUGAAGCUCAAUCCUGAUAAGAGCAAAUCGAGUGCCAAAAGUGUGAAGAAGAAUGGUGAUGCGAGCAAGAAAGUCGCUUUCGGGCCUGAGCGGCCACCUGGGAUGGAUGUCGUGGCUGGGAAGGAGGCUAGUAUUCAAGAUGACGACGAGGAUGUCGGACCUGGAGAUGGCGAGUUGAGCUCGGAUGAUGAGGACUUCAAUGAUGUUGAUCUGGGUUUGGCAAAGAAUAUGCUUGAGGCUUUCAAGGGUCAAGCUGGUAUGGCUGGGCCGGCCGGCAAUCUUAUGAAGGUGCUUGGCGUUAAUAUGCCGCGGGAUGAAGAAGGGUUGUAG